GUAAAGGAAAGAAGGAAGGUGCAUAUGGACAGUAGCUUACUGCUCUGAAGUGGUGAGGUGUUUGAUUGAAGAGGAUGUGUCUGAACAUCAUAUAUCAGAGCAGAGUUUUCCUCAACUUUGAGGACUACAGAACCAUUAGGUUUGGAAGGGACCUCUGGAGAUCAUCUGAUCCAGCCCUCCUGCCAAGGAGAUGACUCGGCUGAUUCAGGAACUGGAGCAGAACAUGGAGCACAGUGGUGUGGCCUGGGGAGCCCUGCUUGCCUGGCAGUUCUGGGCUGCAAAUGGAUUCCUUGUCCUUCUCUUGGCACUGUGGUUUGGACUCCACAAAAUCAGAUGUGAUCCAGACAACAGUGGCCACAAGGAGAGGUCCAGCAGCAACUUGGCGGAGGAGGAAAAAGAAGGACAGAACGAGUUUGUAAAGAGAGAAGUCGGAAAUGACAGUGCAAAUGUGGAAGAGGACAAUCAGGACAGAAAUGAAGAAGGCAGCAUUGUGGUUGCAAAGGCAGAAAGCAAUGUGGGAAAUGAAGCGAAAGAAGGCUCUGACAAUGCAAAGGAAGAAUUAAACAACAAUGAGAAGGAGGAUCAAGUUAAUGUUGCUGGAAAUGAAGCAAAAGAAGGUUCUGAUGAUGAAAAGGAAGAAGUAAAAAACAAUGAGAAGGGGGAGAAAGUCAAUGUUGAUGGAAAGGAAGAGGGCAAACAUGAUGCAAACAAAGAAGAUGAUGGCCACAAUGUCCAAAGGACCCUUGGAAGCCUUUUAGAGGAGCGCGUACAGUUGCCUGCUCUGGACCUGGACAAGGGUUGCUCCAUCGUAACAGACCUGAUGGAGAAACUCACAGACAUCUUUGGACAAAACUGGUCCAACAGCUUCUACCCAGUGCCACAAGAAGCCAUCGGAGUGGGCAGCACCUUUGAAGGCUGGAGUCCCCGUGCAGAGGACCUUGUGUACAAUGUGCUUGUACCACUGAGUCCCCCUCCAGGACAUGCCUUCCACCUGGAGUUGGAAACUGCAGGGGUGCUCCAGAGGAGCUGCUGUGUCCGUGUGGAGCUGCUGUGCACCUGCAUGAGGGAGCAGCUGGGGGAUGACAUGCUAUGUUUCCUCCACCACUCUGAGGAGGAGCUGAGAAGGGACCAGGACCCCAGCCUUCUGGAUACCCUGUGCACUGACAGCUAUCUAGAUGUGGAGAAAACUGUCCACUGGUUCUAUCAAUUCACGAAAGAAGCCUGGGUGCUUUCGCCUCAAUCGCGCCAUUGGCGUUUAAGAUUGCUGCCCUCCACCCGGUCCUGUAAAUUUCAGCUAAGGAAAGACCAGGAAAGCCUCAUGGUUGAGCUCAUCUUAGGAGUGAGGCAAGGAGACUCGGAUAUCUUUGUGGGCAGCCAGCCUACAGAAGUAGGUAUCCCAAGCAUAACAUGGGUGGAGACUUACGCCGUGGCAGAGGCAAAAUUCUUUAGACACAUUUCCAGGCAGGCUCCUCCUGACAGCUGGCACUGCAAGUGCCUGCAGCUCCUCAGCCGCAUGCUGAUGGGGGCAGGUUUCUCCAGCUAUGCCCUGAAGACAGUGGUGAUGCACCUGCUGAACACCGUACCCCUGACGCAGUGGCGCAGGAAGGAUUUCUGGCGGCGCGUGAAGGACACCAUGAAGUACCUCCGCUGCUCACUGGACGCAAAACAGCUGAACCACUUCGUCCUAGGCAACGAGAGGUUUCCCAUGGAGAUCAGUUUGCCCUCCGACUUCCGCAUGGCUGAAGCCCCCAACCUCUUCCAGAACCUUGCCAGCAGUCCGGAUGCCCACAAGAAGGCCAUGCAGGAGUACGUUCACCUGCUACACCAGCUCAAAAAAAUGCUGUUCUAA